AUGAAUGUAGCGUCGUCGUCUCCAUCGUCUCGUAAACAGAAACGCCUUGGUCCAGCACCAAUUGCCUCAAUGGAAGAUACUACGGCAGAGGAGAAAGCACAGAUGGAGCAGCAAAAUCACCACAAUCUGCAACGGUGGUCACAGGAAAAAUCCUCAAUCGAUUCAUCCCGUGGUUCACCGACCAAAACCUUUGACUGCCCAUCGGCGCUGAUACCGGCCACACCGCGUAUAGACAUUAGCCGAGCCUCUUCUCACUCAUCCCAUCACGACAGCAGAGACAGCAGUCCCGAAAAUGUCUUCGAGCAGGUCGGUACGGGCACAUUGCAAGACUCAGGAGUACUCGGUUUUCGCGAGGAAGAUACGCUAGACUUGCGGAACUCGACCGAGGAGCUACAGUUUAUGGAACCGGAAAAGGGAAAUCGAGAGAAGGAGAAACCCAAUACGCAAAUUAAUUAUGGAUCUUGCCCAGCGCAACGCUACUCGCCAAUCAUUUGGAAGCUGGAAGAACAGCCCAAUCAGCAGCAGUACCAGUUCCAACAGCAACAGCAACAUAAUCGCAAAGAUUCGGCCAGCUCUGAGGUUGUGGCAUUCCUUUCGAUUUCCGGACGUACCAGUCGCCUUUCAAGUGUGGGCAGUCAGGGAUCAGCUAACAGCAAACUGUCGGCUACGUCAGCAGUGUCCGGAAUUUCCCGCUCGCCUUCACCUCACAAGAUGUUGCUGGAGACGUCAUUUUGUGGUGCGAAGCCCAUGCAAGCGUAUGCCGAAGGUGGUAUUGUUGGAGGUAGCCUUGAACCGUCUACAGAACAAAUGUUGGAACAAGUAAUACUGUCCCGAAAGAAGGAUCCAACAGAAGCAGUCCUGGCGGAAGGUAUACAUGUGCACUCCUCCAAAGCAAUGGCCGGCUCCACGUUAGAGGAUGGUUUUCGGCGAGGAGUGUCGGAAAGCACCCCGCAACAACCGCCCCCUGGUGGAGGAGACACCCAGGCAACCCAGCAAGGUUCGGCAGGGGGUCAUGCACGGCGCAAGUCGGACUGUGGUAUGGGUACCGCGAAUAAUCUCGACAUACAAACUCUUAAAACCAAUCAAACUAGCCGCAGCGUUGGCAACAAACGUCACAUUCCUCCACGAGAUUUGAAAAACUCGAUUGUCGGUGUCAUGCCCAGCGGUACGGAGUACAUCCGAAUUAAACUGAAACCGGACCAUUGCUACAGCGAUAACGGCAUCGCGGACAACGAACGCGUCGUAGAGAAACCGAAGGAUGGUGCCCAGGAACUGUCGGUACCGUCAGCCCACGAUCGAACACGUGCGUCCAGUAUUACCCGGUCACCAUCACCAGCAAACGUGAGUGUUUCACGAAAGAAUUCGUUUUGUUCGCUUUUUAAAUUUAAAGAUGGCGUUCCCACUGAUAAACCUACUAACCUCCAACAGCAGCACCUACCACGGAAAAAGCGUACGUCGACGGCGUCGAACGAAUCGGGCACGCUGGGCGGUCGGUACGAUCAGCAGGCAGAUCAUCCUAGCGCAUCGACCAACUCAACACCAUCGAAACAGAAGCUUGUGCUGAAAAUGUUCAAAUCAAAACGGGACCCAAAGUCAAAGUCUCCCUCUCCGAUGGGUUCGGCAGUCGACGGCAUCGGCCAAUCGUUCUACAGCGCUGGUAGCAAUGAGCAACAUACGGCAAGCAACAUCGGUGCAGCACGCUCGCCCGGCUCUACAGGUUUGCGCUAUUACGACGCUCCGCUCGAUGGUCAAAGCAUACACAUUCCGUUGCACACGCCACCAGAGGAACGUCGGUUGGGGUCAUUUCGUAGUGCGGCCGGUGUGACCACUUCCUCGUUUGUGGACACAACGGCAUCCGCUGCCGGUGGUGGAUUUGGAGCACAAGUGUCCGUAUCUGCAUCCGGCACACCAACAGGGCAUAGCAGCAUCACUCAAAAACAUGCCAAAACCCCGAAACAGCAACGCAUUGCCAAUAUGACGGUUACGAUACACGAUCGACCUAAACCGAUGCCGCCGCUCAAAUGCUACAGGAUCGACAAUCCUGACGGUAGUGUUAUAAUACCACUUAAAUCGCCGAUCGAAGAUAAGGAGAACAGUUCACAAAACUGGGAGAACGUUAUCGGGGAGCUGUCACAGCGGAUUGAAAAGCAAGUUAGCGAGGAUCACGACGACAGUUUAAAAAGGCCCAACACUGCACCUACUGGUAAUCAGGGACGGUCGGCACCAAAAACGUGGAAUGAAAUUGAGCCUGCCAAUCGCCGACAGGAACAAAGGCAAGGCAGCGAAUUUGCAACGCCACCUCCUCCGCCGCCGCCACCACCACCGACAUCCCGGACGAAAGCACCAAAACCUUCUGUACCUGUUCCGACGGAAACUAAAGCAUUGGUUGAUGUAGAUGUUCAUAAGUUACAACACGUUCAACAUCCCACAACGUCGAAGAUAAGUACUUCUAUGCGCCAAAAGCAGGCGGCACUGUUCCAGAUGCGCAUGGGUUCUGGAAGUGAGGAACAAAUAUUUAGCACCACGCUUAAAGAUUAUACCAAGGAGAUGAACCGGAAUAGCUCAACCGUAAGCCAAAGCUCGGAAGGCUCGCUACAGAAAGCGUCGUUUGAGCAGGAGGAUGGUGCUGGCUGCAGCAACGUGGAGGUCGACAGCGGUGUUGCAAGUGGUGGCGGCGCGCAAGCAAGGAAACAGUUGGCCGGUAAUUGUAGUGAGCAUCCAAACGACCAUGUGACAGCCGAUAGUGUAACAUCAUCAUCUUCACCUCAACAGGUCAUGCAGGCGAAAGGGGCGAUGCUGAUGAAGGAACUACAUGAACACCACAAAAAGCACCAGUUAAGGCAACAACAGCAACAGCAACAGCAACUAAAACGGGAGCAGUUAUCGGUCAGCUGUGGUGCAGAGAGUAGCACAGAAGCAAUAACUGAUGAUGCAACAGCAGCAGCAGUAGUGUCACGUAGUAGUAGCCCUGCCGAAUGUAUAAGUAGUGAUGCAAAGCACCACCAGCACGACCACCACCAACACCAACAUCAACACCAGCAUAAUAAUCAUACCUAUCGUCAAAAGUACCAUAAUCAUGAUCAUUUGUCAUCGACCGAACGACCAGGCUCGAGUGCUACUGUCGACGACGGCAUGGCAUCGUCGGAAAGUGAGAAGGAUUCGGAGUUCGAUUCCGCAUCGAUACGGGCCGGCCGGCACGCGCUUCGUCCCAAUAUGCUCGCGAUCGAAGAUCACGAAAGUGCUGGUCUAGUAUUUCAGGAAUCAUUUGACGACGAACUGCCAUACAUUCCCACUACGCUGCCGGAAGAGAAACCGGUAGGCAUCAAGCUAGUACCGGCCAAGGAACGCACGCAGAACGAUUUGAAAACUUAUCCCCUAGAGCGGCCACGCUCAACCACUCCGAUCCAUCCCGGUUCGCUAGAUAAGUAUUGCCAUGAUCGGUCGGCCACUGCUGGAGCACGAGCAAUGGCUGCACGUGUGAACGUUGGAGGCGAAAAAACACCGUCCCAGCGUGAUUCCACUACAAACGGUACGGGUGUGGCGAAGCUGCGCAUUAGCCUACCGGUCAAGAAGCCCAGUGAGAAUGCCAGCUCUGGAGCGGGAUCACGAGUGUUCGAGCAUCGAUCAUCGCUGGGUGCUAUCACAAUGACCACAACGACAGCGGGAGCAAGCACGGGAGGGACUGGUGCAUCAGGAACCGGAACUACGGGUAGACAAUAUCGAUCGACCUCGACGACGUCGGCGAUGAUGUCCUCGAUGGUAAUCAAUAACCGAGGAAUUGUGUCGGAAGAUUCACCAACGCCGCCACCACUGCCACCGCGUAAAGCGUCUACAUCAUCAUCGUCGGUGAAUACGGCCACUCCGCCCGGUCACAAAUGGAUCGACGUUGAAGCAAUACCAGAAAUGCGGAAAGCACCGAAACGUAUCACAGCAAUACCACAGAAACAGCAGCAGCAGCCGACGCAGACACGAAACUCCAAUAGUGAAAGCACCGAUCGCUACACGCUUGAUCGCAAGGAAAUGGGCACAGACGGCCAGGUGUACAACUAUGUCAAUCCGGAAGAUUGUCAAUGUGAAUGUCACGAGCAUGAAAGGACAGCCGCCCAUUCAAGCACAAGUGUCGGUGCACACGAAGAAAUGAUGGUCUCGUCGAUCGAACUGGCAGAUGACUGCAGACCACUGCUGCGUUCAUCUUCGUCUUCGCUGACAGCGGCUCCCACGGCGGACGAUUACACUGCAGACCAGAAACCACUAAUGGACAGAGCAAUUCCAGAAGAUGAGGGAUGUGGCACAAAGUAGUCUGUUGUAAAGCCAGGAAGAUCCUUUUAAAGGCGUGCUGGGUAGUAAAUGUGGGCGAAUGAGGUGGGAAAAGCUACUCCAACCAUUUGCACGCGCUUGUCGAAGUCGUUCGAUUGUAAAGCAUAGAACGUGCAUGCAAGAAAGCUAAUAGUUGAUAUAUCGAAACACGUAAAACAGUCACAAGCAACAUGCAUUUCAUAUUCGUUUCAUAUUCGUAUUGCAAUACGCUACGCUGCUCGGACCAUAGAUAAAACAAAACUUACAAACAAUUUAAUAAUAUAUUAGGAACCGCAUACACAAUAGAAAAAAAAACAUACAAUAAAUCACAAUUGGCCGGACACAAAAGAGAAACAUAAUACUACUACUGUCACUACUUUAGUACAUUUCAUUGUAAGCCCAUGGUCGCGGUAAUAAGAAGCAAAAUCCAUAACGUUUACACUGAUGGUGUAUCUGAACCCUAAUUCUCAGAUAUCCAUUAUCGUCGUGCACCUCAGAUAACACGGACAACCGAAUCGGAAAGCCACACUUUACGAGAAACGUUUAGCAUUUUGACACUCGGAUGAUGCAAGCAAGAAAAACGAUCUGGUAGUAUAAUUAGUGGUACCAAACUAACCAAUUUACCAACGACGCAUGUAUGGUGGAAUUUUCCUUCCAAUGUUAGUUCCUCUAUGCAUUUGAUCCGGAGAUAUCAAAAUUCCAAGACGUGAACAGCUUUGACGAUAGUAAGCCGCAAUGCACGAAAGCUUCAUGAACAACAAGCGGAUAAAAUCUAACUUUGUAGACCGUAUUCUAAUGAUCUUCAAAUCAUCAUGUUCACUCCAAGUCCAAGUCCCAGCAAACACGUUCAACUGUUUUUAAACCUUCAUCGAACAAUUUUUGGCGCAGACGCUCGCACUAUAUACACUUGUGUUGUAUUUGUAUCGUUGCAAAGAUAUAUAACGUUAAAUAAAUUAAUAAAGAAAUCAUUUAAACAUCAGUUCAACAAAGCAGUUUAGUUUAGUAUGGAAGUGUGCGAACUGAAUUUGGUUACAACGAUUUGAUCCCAGAUUUACAUGUGUCUCUUUAAUUGUUAU